AUGAGUACCGCUGCCUCACCUACGGCAGCGUCGACGUCGUCCAGCACCGUGGCAGCAACACCCCAGGCGCCGGACCCCAAAGAUACGGUUCUUGAUACACCGCCUGCCCCCAAGACCGUGUUGUUUCUCAGCCCCCAGGUGGCAUCUUACUUCAUUGCUGGGGGAUGUGCCGGCGCAGCGUCACGGACAGUGGUUAGCCCGUUGGAGCGAUUAAAGAUCAUUCAACAAGUGCAGCCUCGCGGAUCCGACGCUCAGUACAAGGGUGUGUGGCGGAGUCUGGUGCGGAUGUGGCGGGAAGAGGGGUUCAGAGGGUUCAUGCGCGGCAAUGGUAUCAAUUGCAUACGGAUCGUUCCCUACAGUGCUGUUCAAUUUACUACCUACGAGCAACUCAAGAAGUUGUUCACAGCGCACGGAGUGAAGGAGCUCGACACACCCAAACGGUUAGCAGCCGGUGCACUGGCUGGUAUCACUUCAGUCUGCUCGACAUACCCCCUCGACCUGGUCCGAUCACGUCUCUCGAUAGCGACCGCUUCAAUUAACUUCACUGCUCCUAAACCGCUACCUGCAGGUGCUUCUGCUGCGACUUCCUCGAUACCGUCGACUUCCUCACCGUCCCUCUCUUCUGCAUACCAUACUUCGUCCUCGGCUCGGUCCGCUGCUCCGACCUCAGCAUCAGCAGCAGUGGCAGGCGCACUCAAGUACAGCAAACGCGAUCUGACAAUGUGGGGAAUGACGUUGAAGGUGAUGCGAGAAGAGGGAGGUGUCCGUGCGUUGUAUCGGGGGUUGGUGACAACCGCGAUGGGCGUGGCACCGUAUGUGGGGAUUAAUUUUGCGGCGUACGAAUUUUUAAGAGGUGUGAUCACACCUCCCGGUAAGAGUAGCGUCGCUCGGAAAUUAUCCUGCGGUGCAUUGGCAGGCUCAAUAUCGCAAACGUUGACAUACCCCUUUGAUGUUUUGAGGAGGAAGAUGCAGGUGACGGGAAUGCAGGGAGGAAACAUCAAGUACAAUGGUGCUCUUGAUGCGUUGAGGAGUAUCCUGAAGGUGGAAGGCGUGCAGGGGCUUUACCGAGGGCUGUGGCCUAACCUACUCAAGGUGGCGCCCAGCAUUGCCACCUCGUUCUUCACAUACGAAUUGGUUAAAGAAUUCUUGAUUCCGCCGUAA